GGGAAGCAUCCUGUGUGAAUGCCACGCUAUUCCCUUGCCAACCUUCUUCCCUCCCUCUGCUUUCCUCCCAAGGGCGAUGGAGAACGUCACCUUCCUGAUGACCUCCGUGAACUCCUGCCUCAACUCCUCCUCGGAGGCCGGCUGUGGUGAGGAGGAGCACCCUUACAAGUGCAAGUUCAACGAGGACUUCAAGUACAUCCUCCUGCCCGUCUCCUACAGCAUCGUCUUCGUGGUGGGCCUGACCCUCAACCUGCUGGCCCUCUACGUCUUCCUCUUCCGCAUCAAGACCUGGAACACCUCCACCACCUACAUGUUCAACCUGGCGGUGUCCGACCUGCUCUACGUCGUCUCUUUGCCGUUGCUGGUCUACUACUACGCCAUGGAGGACAACUGGCCCUUCAGCGUGGCCUUGUGCAAGAUCGUCCGCUUCCUCUUCUACACCAACCUUUACUGCAGCAUCCUCUUCCUCCUCUGUAUCAGCGGCCACCGUUUCAUGGGCGUCUGCCUCCCGCUGAGGUCCCUGGAGUGGGGCCAGGUCCGCUACGCCCGGUGGGUGUCCGCCAUCGUCUGGUUGGUGGUGAUCGCCUGCCAGUCGCCGGUCCUCUUCUUCGUCACCACCAGCCAGAGGGGCGACAGCAUCACCUGCCACGACACCUCCUCCAAGGAGCUCUUCGACCAAUUCCUCAUCUACAGUUCGGUGAUGUUGGCCCUCCUCUUCUGCAUCCCUUUCCUUCUCCUCAUCAUCUGCUACUGCAUGAUGGCGCGGAAGCUCCUCCAGCCCACGCGGGGCAUCUCCCGCAUGUCGAGCUCCAAGAAGAAGUCCGUGAAGAUGAUCCUCAUCGUCAUGCUGGUCUUCAUCAUUUGUUUCCUGCCCUUCCACAUCACCCGUACUCUGUACUACUCCUUCCGCAGCUGGGACCUCAGCUGCCCCACGUUGGACGCCAUCAACAUGGCCUACAAACUCACCCGCCCUCUGGCCAGCACCAACAGCUGCCUGGACCCCAUCCUGUACUUUUUGGCCGGGCAAAAGUUUGUCAAGUUUGCUUGCCCCCAGACCGCAGCGAAAAACGGUACCGAGUCGGGGACGAGUACCAUUCCCCAUAGCAACUUCCGGGGCCGAGAUAACGUAGCCAUGAAAACCAAACACACAGCGGCAUCGUAGGCGGUCUCGUUUCUAACGUUUCCUGCAAAUAUUUUCUUUUCGGCAAGAUGCCGAUAAGAGGAACGAGAAUCUUCCGAAAUCCUGCAAAGGUGUUUUCCCACCAAUGUUGGUACGAAAAACCACUAUUUAAAUGACUUUUUAAAAAGAAGGACAGAGAGCAGAACGCUCUUAAGCACUUGUCUAAGUUUCCAAGAUUGCAUGUUACACUAUAGAAGGUCACUUGUCCAUACAACAAGAAGAGAUUAUCUCUUGGGAAAAUAUAAUUUAAUGUAAAUUAAGACAUUGGCUGGGUUCACACGGCAUGGAAACUGGGUCAAAGUGUGGCUUGGCAGGACAAGAAAC